CUAGUAUAUUACUCUAUAUAUAUGUGUGUGUAUUCUUUGGCGUAGUUAAUGGUAUUAUCAUAACAACCAACUAAAGAUUUUUUGAGUUCAUAAAAAUCAAAUGGCUGAAACUGAAAAUAGGAGUAGUGGAGAUGGAAGGUGGUCACUUAAGGGCAUGAAUGCCCUAGUAACCGGCGGCACCCGAGGUAUAGGAUAUGCCAUAAUAGAGGAAUUGGCAAGUUUUGGAGCGAGUAUUUAUACGUGUUCGCGUAAUCAGGAGGAUCUGGAUAAAUGCUUCCAGGAAUGGAAAAGUAAGGGAUACAAAGUAAGUGGUUUAGUGUGUGACUUGUCAUCAAGACCUCAACGGCAAGAGCUAAUGGAGAAAGUUGGAGAUUAUUUUAAUGGGAAGCUUCACAUUCUUGUGAACAAUGCUGCAACAUCUAUUCCAAAGAAAACUACUGAUUUUAGUGAUGAGGAUUACUCAGUGACUAUGAGUACCAAUUUUGAGGCACCCUACCACCUUUCUCAACUUUCAUACCCUCUUCUAAAGGCAACUGGACAUGGAAGCAUUGUUUUUGUCUCUUCUGUUGCUGGGCUCUUGGCAGUACCUUAUUGUUCUCUCUACUCCGGGUCCAAAGGAGCAAUAAAUCAAGUUACAAGAAGUUUGGCAUGCGAGUGGGCAAAAGAUGAUAUUCGUGUUAAUGCUGUGGCUCCUUGGUUCGUUGAGACCCCCCUUAAGGAUGAAGUAGUGAAAGUUUUUAAAGCAGGAGAGGUAGAGGGGGCAAUCAAAAGAACUCCAAUUAGCAGGCAGGGAAAGCCUAAUGAAAUCUCAUCAGUGGUUGCAUUCCUAUGUUUACCAGCUGCUUCUUGGCUCACUGGGCAAGUUAUCUGUGUGGAUGGGGGCAUAACUGCCACCAGCUUCUGAUCUCAUGAGCAUGUAUAAUAUAUAUAUAAAAUAAGAUUCUGUGGAAAUCAUUUAAAAUCGAUCAUUUUAAAUCUCUUGGAAAGUUUAUAAAAGUCUUGAUUAUAUACAUCCCGGCCCUAAGGAAUUGUUACUUAAUUUUUUCAUUUUAUGAAUUUAUAACUAAACCAAGCAUUACUCAGGCCACCUCAUCAAAGCCUGUAAAGGUCGCCAAGAAUUGCUUGAUUCUUGGCAUUUCUUCAUCCCUAAACAAUAUCUAUCUAUCUGCCUCUCUAUUCACACUGCUUUUUAAUUGGCCUCUUUUGUAUAAUUCAAUAUGCCUUUUCUUUGGUCCAAUAUCGAUCAAGUAAUUUCACAUUUUGA